AUGGACGACGAUAUUAAUAAAAUAAUUAAUAUGCAAAAACAACAUGAUGUGUCACGGAAAAAAUUAGAUCAACUGGGUGAAAAUAGCCAUGGAGCUGUCUUAAUGGUCUUUCGCCCAGGUUUUUCAGUAAAACUAGUACCUUGCAGUAUCCCAAAUGUAUGUGUAGUGGACUUGUUAAUUGAUCUACCAAUUCGUGUGAUAGGCAUCUAUGCCCCGGAAAGUAAAACCUGGGAAUGGAAUGAACUUUCACCAUUUAUUACUCCAAGCUGUGUCUUAUUUGGAGAUUUUAAUAUUGAUAUUGAAAAAGAUGGUAAAAAAUCUAGGGUAUUGUUAGAUUGGGCUGAUAUGUGUUUCCUUGCUCCAAUAAGGGUUGGUACCAAUACGUCGCUGAGAUCAGAGCGUACUAUUGAUUACGCUUUUACUGUCGGUGUUCCUUUAUCUGUGCAAGCAUUGGAAGUUGGCACGACUAGUGAUCAUAAACCUGUUCUUGCUUCUGCAACUUGUUCAGGUAGCGAGGUCUCCUGGGGACGUAACACUCACUGGAAGAUAUCAAUAUUGAAUAUGCGAAUUUAG